AUGUUUAUUGACGCCAAUGUCGACACGAUCGCUUCCACCAAGGCGAUGAACGCCGGUUCUGCCAAGGCUUCUUCUGUUGAGCCGUUCCAGACCUACGCCCACAGCCAGGCGACCAAGACUGUCAUUAUCGAUGGCCACAACAUGAAGAUUGGCGACGUUGUCGCCGUCGCCCGCAACGGUGCAAAGGUCGAGCUUUCGCCCUCGGUCAUCCGCCCCGUCCAGGCCUCUGUCGACUUCAAGGAGUCGAAGAAGCACACGUCCAUCUACGGUGUCACUACCGGCUUUGGCGGCUCGGCCGACACUCGUACCAGUGACACUGAGGCGCUUCAGAUCUCACUCCUCGAGCACCAGCUGUGUGGUUUCCUCCCCACCGACGCGACUUAUGAGGCCAUGCUCCUCGCGGCCAUGCCCAUCCCCAUCGUCCGCGGUGCCAUGGCCGUGCGCGUCAACAGCUGCGUUCGCGGCCACUCGGGCGUCCGUCUCGAGGUCCUCCAGUCCUUUGCCCACUUUAUUAACCUUGGUCUCGUGCCUUGUGUUCCUCUCCGCGGCACCAUCUCGGCUUCGGGAGACCUCUCGCCUCUCUCGUACAUUGCUGGUGCCAUUUGCGGCCACCCCGACAUCAAGGUAUUUGACACCGCCGCGUCGCCUCCGGCUGUCCUAGCCGCGCCUGAGGCAAUCGCAAAGUACCAGCUCAAGACGGUCAAGCUCGCGUCCAAGGAGGGUCUCGGCCUCGUCAACGGAACCGCCGUCUCGGCUGCUGCCGGUGCUCUUGCCCUCUACGACGCCGAGUGUCUCGCCAUGAUGAGCCAGACCAACACUGCACUCACUGUUGAGGCUCUCGACGGUCACGUCGGCUCGUUCGCUCCCUUCAUCCAGGAGAUCCGUCCUCACGUCGGUCAGAUUGAGGCUGCCAAGAACAUUAGACACAUGCUCGGCGGUUCCAAGCUCGCUGUCCAUGAGGAGCCCGAACUCCUCGCCGACCAGGACGCCGGUAUCCUCCGCCAGGACCGCUACGCUCUCCGCACCUCGGCGCAGUGGAUCGGUCCCCAGCUCGAGGCUCUCGGUCUUGCUCGCCAGCAGAUUGAGACCGAACUCAACUCGACCACGGACAACCCUCUCAUCGACGUCGAGGGCGGCAUGUUCCACCACGGUGGCAACUUCCAGGCCAUGGCUGUCACCUCGGCAAUGGACUCGACCCGUAUCGUCCUCCAGAACCUCGGCAAGCUCAGCUUUGCCCAGGUCACCGAGCUCAUCAAUUGCGAGAUGAACCACGGUCUUCCUGCCAACCUCGCCGGAUCCGAGCCCAGCACCAACUACCACUGCAAGGGUCUCGACAUCCACUGCGGUGCUUACUGCGCCGAGCUCGGCUUCCUCGCCAACCCCAUGAGCAACCACAUCCAGAGCACUGAGAUGCACAACCAGAGUGUCAACUCGAUGGCAUUUGUGUCGGCCCGCAAGACGAUGGAAGCCAACGAGGUUCUCUCCCUCCUCCUCGGCUCGCAGAUGUACUGUGCGACCCAGGCCCUCGACCUCCGUGUCAUGGAGGUCAAGUUCAAGAUGGCCAUUGUCAAGCUCCUCAACGACACCAUCACCAAGCACUUUGCGGCCUUCCUCACUCCUGAGCAGCUUGUCAAGCUCAACACCACCGCCGCAAUCACCCUCUACAAGCGUCUCAACCAGACCCCCAGCUGGGACUCGGGAGCGCGUUUCGAGGAUGCUGCAAAGCACCUCGUCGGUUGCAUCAUGGACGCACUCAUGGUCAACGACGACAUCACCGACCUCACAAACCUCCCCAAAUGGAAGAAGGAGUUCUCCAACGAUGCGCGGGACCUCUACCGCUCGAUUCUCGAUGCGACCACUGCCGAUGGCCGCAACGACCUCGAACCCGCAGAGUACCUCGGCCAGACGCGCGCCGUCUACGAGGCCGUCCGCUCUGACCUUGGUGUCAAGGUCCGCCGCGGCGACGUCGCCGAGGGCAAGAGCGGUAAGAGCAUUGGCUCGAAUGUCGCCCUCAUCGUCGAGGGCAUGCGCGACGGCCGCCUCAUGAACGCCGUCGGCAAGAUGUUCUAA